AUGGCUAAGGAUAAGAGUACAUCAUCGGAGGACAAUUAUGAAGCUAGACUUCCUGCAGUUCUUCCAUUUGCUAAACCUCUAGCUUCUAAGAAACUAAACAAGAAGGUGUUAAAGACCGUCAAAAAGGCAUCUAAGGCCAAGAACGUAAAGAGAGGUGUCAAAGAAGUUGUUAAGGCUUUGAGAAAGGGAGAAAAGGGAUUAGUAGUUAUUGCUGGUGACAUUUUCCCACAAGAUGUUAUUUCUCACCUACCAGUUCUAUGUGAAGAUCAAUCUGUCCCAUAUAUCUUUGUGCCCUCUAAACAAGAUCUAGGUUCAGCUGGUGCUACAAAGAGACCGACCUCUGUUGUGUUCAUUGUACCUGGCUCUAACAAGAAGAAAGAGGCCAAGGCCAAGGAAGAAGAAUACCGUGCAUCUUUUGAUGAAAUCGUUAAGGAAGUCUCUUCGUUAUAA